CUAUUGGGACGCUAUAGCUGAUACCUCCUCUGGUGUGAAUACGGUUCCUUGUACUAUCGAGCGAGCAUGGAGGGACGGACCGCCCGGGUGUAACCGAGCCGCGGGGUACCCCUGGACUGCCACAUGCGCCUUCUCAAAACCGGGUGGGGGAGAGAGUUAUACGCGGUUUUAACGAAACCAGAGCGGCUUCAAUCCGCCGACGGAGCUAGCCAGCUGCCCGUCUCUACCAUGCAGCGGGCGGGCGCGCGGCACAAUGGCCUCCCUCCGCUCCGCAACAACAACUCGGUUGCCUCGAGCAUCGCAUCGCCUCCUCGCGCCGCCCCGACUGGCUCCUAUCCGAACGGGGCAAUAAAGACCGAGUUGAUUUGCAAAUGGACCGAGCUUAGCAAAACCUCCAAACAAAAGAUCUGCGAUCUAACUUUCAGUUCCAUGCACGAGCUGGUCGACCACGUCACCAUGGAUCACGUCGCGGGGCUCGAGUCUCUGAGCCAUGUCUGUAUGUGGGAAGAAUGUCUGCGCGAAGGGAAGGCUUUCAAGGCGAAAUAUAAACUGAUUAACCACAUCCGAGUGCAUACCGGGGAGAAACCCUUCUCAUGCUCAUUCCCUGACUGCGGGAAAAUGUUCGCCCGUUCGGAAAACCUUAAGAUUCACACACGCACGCACACUGGGGAGAAGCCAUUCCAGUGUGAGUUCUGCGAGCGCCGGUUCGCCAACAGCAGCGACAGGAAGAAGCACUCGCAGGUCCACACCAGCUCCAAGCCCUACGACUGCAAAGCCCUGGGCUGUGGGAAGUCUUACACUCACCCCAGCUCCCUUCGCAAACACAUGAAGGUCCACGUCAAGGCCUCGCCUACCUCGGAACCACUAGAUCUCAAGAUCCACUUCGACUCCUCCCCCUCCUCCAUCGAGCGCAAGGUCCUCUUCUGCCCCUCCCCCAACUCCGGACCCCUUGACCUGUCCCUGUCGGGGUUGGUCAGGAACCGUGCAAACCCUCCCCCUAGGACACAGAGGAACCAAUCAGUGAACCCCCCUCUACCUCAGGUGACAGACAUGAAGGAGUGGUACGUGUGUACCAGGACCGCCACCCAGAACUACCUCCAGAUCCACCCUGACGACAUAAAGUCAGAACCCAGCGAUGACGACGAGUACAACACGUAACACCAGGCCUCCAGUACUCUGGGGGCACCGUGUACAUGGGUGGACCUCGCAUUGGGAGGGGGGUUGUGUGUGGGGGGGGUGGUCUUGGAUGGGGGUGGAGAAGGGGGGCGGGGGGUAUCCUGCUGGCCAUAAAUUAUGUUUGCGCGCCAAGCUGAAGGCCUUGGCAUUAGCACUGGAGCCCAGCACAGACGUUCAGGUCUGGGCCUGCUCGUCACCGAACCAGCUCUGUUACAGUGUCCCUAAGACUUGUCUGUUUGAGUGGAGGGGGGGGGGGGGGGGUGAGCAAGUCUAGGGACCAUCAUCACUGCAGGUGGACGGGACUUGUUUUCCCCAGGGACCACAAUGCUCACCUGGGGGUCAUUUCGUAAGCCAUUAUAACGUGUUGCCAUAAGAGAACUAAGAUAGGGAUGGAGGACAGUUGAGUUCCUCAGAAGACGUUGUGGUGCCCUGGAUGGAACCACCCAUCUCCACCCAAGCUUGUUCCAAACCCUCUGGAAAAAAGUUCCCAUACAGUAGAACCCCUUUCAGCUCUGUAAGGUGCUGUUUGGAACUAUAUAUGGUUCUUAGUUCAUACAGAGGUUUCAAUAUGGAAACUUUUGGACCUGUGAAGGGUGUUCUAUGGAACCAUUGAGGUAGUUCUUAAAUUGUUAUUUCUUUAUUUAGUGUAAAUGUGGUGGCACCCAACACUGUUCUCUUUGGGAUAAGAUGUGGUCCUGUGCUUCAUUAUAACUAACUGGGAUCAGUCAAAUAUCAAAAUGUUUCAUAUUUGGAUUUUGUUAAAUAAUUGGAAAAAUCAGAAAGGAAGCCCUGGUUAAUGGAUAUGAUCGAUUAAUUUUUUUUGUGUGUGAGAAACAUUUCACUCUGGAGGGACGGGGUUACUCAAGGACACUGAGGUCAUGACAACUAUGCAUAGCUGUGUGUGUGUGUGUGUGUGUGUGUGAGAGAGAGAGAGAGACAGACGGGGAGUGUUUGUAUUGUAUAUGUUUGUGUUAUCUUUACAUAUGUCCCUCUAAUGUUGCACAUGUUUAACCCACUUGCAACGAUGACAGCCUCAUCAUUGUGCUCCCCAGAGUUCACUGUCAGCUGGAGGGAGGGAAUGGUGAAGGGAUGCAUCUAGACCGGUAGUGUGUGACCUCUUAUGCCAUGCAUUCGACAUGUACAGGGGAACACUUCCCAUUGGCCGUUAAAUAUAGACAACUCACAGCUCCCCCUCCACCCGCCCGCCCUGCUGUAACAGUAUAAAGCUGUAGUGGACACAUGGUAUCACAUGCCCAAAUGGUGUACACACAAACGCACACAUUUCUCUGAGCAGCGAUGCUGACCCCUGUGGCACUUCUGGUACCAGAUUACAUUUAUUUGUUAUUGUGACAAACCAGUGAAUUGUCCCUUUAUGGCGAGUGUGUGUGACCGCUGCAGACAGCAGGUAGUUGGCCUGAGAGAGUUAGACCAUGAUGAACUGUGUUGCCAGAAUGAGAUGUGACCACACCUUGGUCAGAUAUGGAUUAGAAACACUGGAGGUAUGCUUGUUUUAACUUAACAGGCACCAUAGAACUGAUUGAAUUGUCCCUAUAGGACAAAGAGGUUGUAAGUAGGAUAACCUCUGCUUUGAAAGCUAAGUUAAAUCAAGUGCACCUCAAGUAGUUUGAAUUUUAAAACGUGUAUUGGAUGGUCAGCAUAUGACCCAAGAACCUUGUUUACCUUUGAUUGUACUUACUGAGAUGUUGGCUCAUGGCUGUAUUUUGUUCUGAAGUGAUGAGAUAGCUUACAUGAGUCCUGUUUAUUGUAUUUUAUCAUCAUUUAUUGAGUGUUAAAAUCUAUUUUCCCAUCCUUUCAUAUUGACUGAAUAAAUUUUAAUAUACA